GACUUUUUACAUGAUUAUAAAUUAGCACUUCGAGAAUAUUAUUAUGUAGAUGAGGGCUUAGCCCUAAUUUUAUUUCUAAUUAAGAACUUGAUAUUAUCAGCUAAUAGGGUUUUAGUAUCUGAUAAAGAAACCCUAUAUUACGUGCUGCGGAUCCUUCAAACAAAACUAGCUCCCACUAAUGAAUCAAGAAAACGCGAUAUUAUUAAAUAA